AUGGCAUACGUUCUGACAGAGACAGCGGCUGGAUACGCCCUGCUGAAGGCGUCGGACAAGAAGAUCUACAAGUCGCAGAGCUUAAUUCAGGAGCUCAAUAGCACCGAUAAGGUCCUCAAACAGUUCAAGAUCGCUGCAUUCUCCAAGUUCAACUCUGCUGCUAAUGCUCUUGAGGAGGCCUCUGCAGUGAUAGAAGGCAAGGUUUCUCCGCAGUUGCAGAGGCUUCUCGAUGAGGCCAAGCAGGAGAAAAAGUCCACUCUUCUUGUCUCGGACACCAAGCUGGCCAAUGCCAUCAACAAGCUCGGACUGAACUGGUCUGUUGUGAGUGAUGCUGCAACCUUAGAUAUUUACAGAGCCGUGAGAGAGCAUCUUCCAGAACUUCUUCCCGGUAUGACUGACAAGGACCUGUCGACCAUGUCCCUUGGUUUGGCUCACUCCAUCGGCAGACACAAGCUCAAGUUCAGCGCCGACAAGGUGGAUGUCAUGAUUGUACAAGCCAUUGCGCUGCUUGACGACUUGGACAAAGAACUCAACACCUAUGCCAUGAGAUGCAAGGAAUGGUACGGAUGGCAUUUCCCGGAGCUGGCUAAGAUCGUUGUCGACUCGGUGGCUUUUGCUAGAGUCAUUCUGAGUAUGGGUGUGAGGUCGAACGCUUCCAGCACUGAUUUCAGCGAGAUCUUGCCUGAGGAGGUUGAGGCACAGGUCAAGGCUGCUGCCGAGGUUUCCAUGGGAACAGAGAUUACCGAGGACGAUCUGAACAACAUCAAGGCGUUGGCAGAGCAGAUUGUAGAGUUUGCUGCAUACAGAGAACAAUUGUCGAACUACCUGUCUUCUAGAAUGAAGGCUAUUGCGCCUAAUUUGACCUCUUUGGUUGGUGAACUAGUUGGAGCCAGAUUGAUUGCCCAUGCCGGAUCGCUAAUGUCUCUUGCCAAGGCCCCAGCCUCGACUAUCCAGAUUCUGGGAUCCGAAAAAGCUCUGUUCAGAGCUCUCAAGACCAAGCACGACACGCCCAAAUACGGUCUUUUGUACCAUGCAUCUCUCAUUGGACAGGCUUCGGGAAGAAACAAGGGAAAGAUUGCCAGGGUGCUUGCUGCCAAAGCUGCCGUUGCUUUGAGAUACGACGCCUUGUCUGAAGAUAGAGAUGAUUCUGGAGAGUAUGGACUGUCUGUGCGGGCUAAGGUGGAGUCUAGAUUGAGCGCUUUGGAAGGAAGGGAUUUGAGAACAACCAAUAUCGUGAAGGAGCAGAAGAAGGUGGAUUUGGCUCCAAUCAAGGAGUAUAAUGUCGACGCCGAUACCAUGGCUGUUGCCGAUUCUGAUGACGAGGACGAAGAAGAGGUGAAGGAGAAAGAGAAGAAGGAGAAGAAAGCCAAGAAGGAGAAGAAGGAGAAGAAGGAGAAGAAGGAAAAGAAGGAGAAGAAGGAAAAGAAAGACAAGAAGCGUAAGAGAGACGACGACGAGGAGAAGAAGGAGAAGAAGGAGAAGAAAGCCAAGAAAUGA